GGAUUCCUAACACUUAGGGAACUUCCUCUUCUACCAGCCGCCAGUGACUAUGGAAAACGGUAUAAACAAGGGAAGUCCUGCCCAUUGGUCCAUACGUUGGGGUUGAGGGGGUCCAGUGUAUAAAAGCCCCAGAAUGGAAGGAGGCAUCAGUCAGAAUCUGAGAACGUCACCUCAGAACAGAAGCCCACGCCUCCACCUGCGACACCAUGAGUGAAUCGUGCUGCUCCCCGUGCUGCCAGCCCACGUGCUGCAGGACCACCUGCUGCGAGCCCAGCUGCUGUGGAUCCAGCUGCUGCGAGCCUUGCUGCUGCCGCCCAACGUGCUGUCACACCACCUGCUGCAGGACCACGUGCUGCAAGCCCGCAUGCUCUGUGUCCAGCUGCUGCCAGCCCGGCUGCUGUGGGUCCAGCGGCUGCGGGUCCAGCUGCUGCCAGCCUUGCUGCUGCCGCCCAACGUGCUGUCAGACCACCUGCUGUAGGACCACCUGCUGCAAGCCCGCAUGCUGUGUGUCCAGCUGCUGCCAGCCUUGCUGCUGCCGCCCAACGUGCUGUCAGACCACCUGCUGUAGGACCACCUGCUGCAAGCCCGCAUGCUGUGUGUCCAGCUGCUGCCAGCCCAGCUGCUGUGGGUCCAGUGGCUGCGGGUCCAGCUGCUGCCAGCCUUGCUGCUGCCGCCCAACUUGCUGUCAAACCACCUGCUGUAGGACCACCUGCUGCAAGCCCACAUGCUGUGUGUCCAGCUGCUGCCAGCCUUGCUGCCACCCCAGUUGCUGCUGCACUCCCUGCUCCCAGCCAGCUUGCUGCACCCCCGUUAUCUGCAGGAGAACCUGCUACCAGCCCACCUGCUGCUGCCUGCCCGGGUGCCUAGCCCAGGGCUGUGGAUCCAGCUGCUGCCAGCCUUGCUGCUGCUGAGCAACUUGCUAUAGACUCAGCACUCACCGGAAUAUAUAUCCUACGCCAUUUUGCCAAAGUUCCUGUCUUACAAGAAGUUGCUCCCUCGGCUUUCCUGGGAACACAUGCUUACACUGCCCCUGUCAUCUUUCUCAGCAAUGCUUAUGAGUCUAUGGAGGGAAUGCAAUCUACUUCAAUUUGAUUGUAUUCUAGUGUCUCUGGUUUACUGUAGCAAUUGCUGAGCCACAACAUUUGGUCAACCCCAGAUGCUGGUCAACAUCCACUGAUUCACACUCUCAGUCUCCGAAAAGUGAUCAUCACCUUUCACUUCUACGGCAUAGAAACACAUUCUUAUGAGUGCAUAGUUAGCUCUCCGCAGUGAUCAGUACUGAUCAUCUUUUUAGAUAGAUGCAUUAUAGUUAGUAAGUCCUGCCAGGUUACUAAGCCCUUUGCAAUGGCUUUGAACUUUCUUCCUUCCGUUCUUUCCUAAUAAAAUCUGUGUCAUCCUGCAUCCAA